AUGACAAUCCGGUCCCGAGCAUUCCUCCGGCCAGCCCAGACGCCGCACCGGAGAGGGCCAGAGCGGGCCAGUGCAGGAGGCGGAGAGGCAGAGCGGGCCAGGCAGGAGGCGGAGAGGGCCAGAGAGUGCAGGAGGCGGCAGAGGGCAGAGGCGGGCCAGCGCAGGAGCAGAGCCGGAGAGGCCAGAGCGGCCAGCCCAAAGCCGCACCGGAGAAGGCCAAGAGCGGGCCAGCGCAGGGGAGCAGAGGCAGCGGGCAGGAGAGAGAGGGCAGAGCGGGCAGGAGCGGAGAGGGCCAGAGCGGGCCAGUGCAGGAGGCGGAGAGGGCCAGAGCGGGCCGAGCGGCAGGAAGGAGCCGGAGAGGGGCCAGAGCGGGCCCAAGCGGCAGGAGCAAGCGCGGAGAGGGCCAAGCGGGCCAGCAAGGCCAGGAGAGGGCCAGAGCGGGCCAGCGGGCAGGAGCAGCCGGAAGAGGGCCAAGCGGCCAGCCAGACCGGCGCACAGAAGUGGCAGGGCCCAGCGCAGGAGGGCAGCCGGAGAGGGCCAGAGGCGGGGCGCCAGCCCAGACGCCGCACCGGAGAGGGCCGAGCGGGCGCACGCAGGAGCAGCCGAGAGGGCCAGAGCGGGCAGCGCAAGCAGCCGGGACCGGAAGGCCAAGCAGCGGGCCAGCGGCAGGAGGCAGCCGGAGAGGGGCCAAGAGCGGGCCACCCAAGAACGUCCGCAGCCGGAGAGGCGCCAGAGCGGGCCAGCGCAGGAAUGCAGCCGGAGAGGCCAGAGCGGGCCAGCCCCCAGACGCGGCACCGGAGAGAGGCAGAAGCGGCCCCGCCAGCGCAGAGCAGCCGCGGAGGGCAGAGGCGGGCAGCGCGGAGCAGCCGAGAGGGCCAGAGCGGGCGCGAGCCAGACGGCGUUUCGAGCCGCACCAAGCCAGGACGCCAGCGGCAGGGAGCAGGCCGGGAGAGGGGCCAGACGGCCAGCGGCAGGAGCAGCAGCCGAAGAGUGCCAGAGCGGGCCAAGCGCAGGAAAAAACAGCCGAGAGGGCCCAAGAGCGGCAGCGCAGGAGCACCGGAGAGGCCAGAGGGGCCAGCCCAGACGCACCGCACCGGAAGAGAGCCAGAGGACGGCGCAGCGCAGGAGGCAGGGAGAGGGCCAGAGCGGGCCAGCGCAGGAGCAGCCGGAGAGGGCCAGAGCGGGCCAGCGCAGGAGCAGCCGGAGAGGGCCAGAGCGGGCCAGCGCAGGAGCGGCAGCCGACCGACCGUUGCCGCGAACGACGCAGCGCUGACACCGGUGACCGGGUUCGAGUUACGGCCGCGUCACGAGGGGCUCAACACCGAACAGGAGCCGCCUUACAAAUGCCGAAUCACAACUGGGGCGACUUCACGGCCGUGUUCCGAGGGCUAA